CGCGAAAGAAAGAACUCUAAGAAGAAGGCAGAGCAAAAUAACAAAGGGGCAAAGGGAGAAUGUGUACUUCUUUUUUUAUUUUGAUGAUAAGAUGUGAAUGUGGAGCUGAGUCCCCACUUUCACUAGUAGUCGAAGAGGAAGAAGAAGAAGGUAGAUGGAUGGAAUGGGCGAGGGUGGGUUCAAAUUGCAGAAACACCACUAAAUUUUGUGGUCAUUGACUAUUUAGUCAUUUGGAUUUAAGAAGAAGAAAAAUCCAACAAUAGGGUGACUACUUUUUAUCUCGGUUGUUUGAAUUGCUACCUGAACCAUGCGUAAAGUGACAAGUCCAUAGAAGGAUCGGUUAAUUAGGGUGGUUUUUAUGUAAUGCGAGAGUGAAUAACGCGUAGAGUACUAAGUGUUAAAAGCUUAAAACCGGCCAAUUGUCUAUUUUAGUUAAGUAUGAUUUAUAUUAUUUCCUUUUAAUUGCUAUCUAUUUACAUGAGUUAGUUUGUACAUCUAAUAAUGAAGGAUCAUGUAACUUUUAUUUUAGUCAUUCCAUACUAGGGAUGGCAAUGAUUUCAGACAGAGAUUGUUUUCUUGUAUUUAAUUCUUGAACCACUGCGUUCUGUAAUAGUAAACAUCCGCUUAUAGGAAAGUUGUCAGGGAUAUGAUACGACAUAUCAAAUCCUACUUGUAUGCAUUCGGUGAAAUUAACCUUGUGCACACUAUGACCUAAAUAGUUAUAUUUUACAUUCUUAAUAUGAUUUAACAUGAUUUUUUUUAAGUAUGUUAAUGUUUGUUGAUUUCUCUUUGAUAUUAAAUAUUGUUUUGAUGAGUGACAUAAUUUCAUUGAGUCUUUAUUGAUCAUUAGUGACCAUUAAAGAUUAACAAAAGAACGACUUUGAUUAUCAAAUGGUUUGAAAUGAUUAAAUUCAGGGUCACGGUAAUUCUUGAAAGAUAUGAACGAUCUAGCGUUUAAAAGUAUAUAUAAAGAGUAAGACCAUAUAUUUUAAAAUACAAAAUUUACAUAAAAUUCAUUACUCUCUUUCCGGGUUCGCGAAAAAACUCAACUAAAAAUCAAAUAUCAGUAAAAAAAAAUUGACGGUAAAACAAUUUCGAGUUCGAUUAAAUACCCACGCGAAGAUGGAUUAGUUUUGCCAUCCUUAAUGCAACUCCCAAUCACAAAGUUGUCAGAAACUAAAAAUCUAGCUAUCAAUUUGUUAGCCACUCCAAGUUUUAGUGACCAUUUCUGCAAUUAGCAGGGAUGGGAAGACCCUAGUCCACGUGGCACCACGGAUGCCAUUGCUUUUUUUACUUCAUAAGGACUGCCGUGGAGGAUGGUCGGUUCGAUUCCGGCAUCUUUCUUUCCCUCUUUCCUCAAAUCAAACCAUUCCCACCAUUCUCACUCUGCAUCUGCAUCUGCAGCCAUUUUUGCUUAAAUUCAACCAAAACCCAGAAACCAACAUCUUUCCCCACUGCUCACCGCCUAAUAUUUCCCUCAAUGAAUCCAAAGCCCACCCAUACCACUCUCUGUAUUUUGUAAGCUACCCAUCUCCCAUAACCUCCUUCUUCUUCUUCUCCCAUAAAAUUCGUUCUUCGAUCUUAAAGGUUCGAAUUCAGUGUGUUAGUAGGAGUUGAGAUACAAAGAACAGUGAUGAAUGAUGGUGAGAAGAGCAACAAGGAAACUGGGUCAUCAUCAACAACAACGACGACGAUGACGACAUGGUUGAGGCAGAAAGAUCCGCGGAUAGUGAGGGUGUGCAAGGCGUUGGGAGGGAAAGACAGGCACAGCAAAGUCUGCACCAUUCGAGGUCUCAGAGACCGAAGGGUUCGGCUCUCCGUCCCCACCGCCAUCCAAUUGUACGACCUCCAAGACAGGCUGGGCCUCACUCAGCCCAGCAAGGCCGUCGACUGGCUCCUCAACGCCGCGAAAUCCGAGAUCGACGAGCUCCCUCCUCUCCCCAUCUCCCCCUCCCAAUUCAGCCUCAACCCCAACAACAACACCAACACCAACAACAUGAUGAUCAAUUGGGCCGAGAUUUCGCAACAGCAGCAACAACAGCUGUGGUGGAGUAGCAUCGCAGCAGGUGCUACUCCACCACCAACAAACAUCGUCCCGACGGCUGAAAAUUUCAGCCAUCGGGACGAUGGUGUGGAAGAGGAGGAGGAGGAAAAUGAGGAAGGUGAUCGAGAGAUCAAUGAACAAGGGUCUUAUGGUAGUCUCCAAGCUCAGGCUCAGAAUUCCAACAACGUUACAACUAUGUUCAAUUUGGGAAGUGGUGGUCAACAAGGGUUUGGAGGAUCCCAAACAAAAGAUGAACAUCAUCACCAACAACACUAUCACCAACACCAACAACUACUUCAACUUCAUCAUCACCACCAUGAGAACAUGGAGAUGUCGCCGCCGUUGUCCUUAUCCAACAACACUUACUACCCUCAACAUCAUUUAGCAGCGGCGGGGGACAACGAGGUUGGUCCAACGGUGAGAUUCGACCACAGCAGUAGCGCCGCCGCGGCGGCGGCUUACUUUAAUAUAGAUCAUCAUCACAACCGUAGUUCGCCGGUGGUCAUGCCGUUUCAUCAGCUUACCGAGCUUAGCAUGAUGAGCUCCAGAUUUUCUCACCAUCAUAUGCAACCGUCGGACGAUGACCGGCGUGGCGGUGGCCAGGAGUUCCAGCCCUCGCCCAAAUGACGACGUACGUACUACUAUACUAUAUAAUUCUACCACCGAUUCAAGUCAAUGAAUGCUAGGUAGGUAGCUCUGCAAGUGACGGCGAAAGAUGAGGGGAAGCUAGGCUAGGCUUUUGGUUAUUUGAUGAAAGGUACAACAAAUUAGUUAAUUCUCAACAGUCACGUCAUCUGCUAAUUGUCUUAAAUUUGUUCAGACAGUGUUUUACAGCUUUUUUAAUUUCCUUCCUCUCAAGAAACGAACCCUUAUUAUGUGUUCUUAAUUAUAUCCGUGUGUUGAGUUUGAGAUGAAUUCCUAUUCAUUCAACAAUGAGAUUUUAAUUUAAAUUGGACUCUAUUGGGUUAAAUAUGUUCCUCUCCUCUCGUCUAUGGGGUUUAUAUUAACUACCUCUUCUUCUUUAUUCCUAACAAAAUGCUUGUAAUAGUUGGCAAAGGCUAGCAUAUAUACACCAUGGGUAAUAUAGACAUGCCUUCUUACAUAUUAGAUCUCCUUUUGAUCAACAAGAAUUGUCGAUUAAUUUGUAUACUAAAUUUAUCGUAUAGUUUGAGUAAUGUUAUUGUCCAAAUUUCAGUUAAGAAUGCGUUAUUACUACAUUUUGGAAGAAUUGACAUUAGGGGUUCGAUCUUUAGAUAUUAGAGUAUAAUGUUAUUGUCCAAAUUUUAGUUAAUUUAAUAACUAAAUAGCGAAACUAUAGUAAGAUUGGCAUAGGCCAAACGUACGAUAAGUUGAAUUUUAAUGACUUGUAUAAACUCCAAGUAAGAGUUACUUAGAUUCUGGUGGACUAAUUUGAUCGUUUGUUCCAGCAAGAUGUACGAUAAUUUGAACUUGAUGACUUGUGUAAACUACUCCAAGUUAGAGUUACUUGGACUCUGGUGGGCAAAUUUGAUGAAUUGUUCCAAUGACAUGAUAGAUUGAUUUGAUGAAAAUGUGAUAUUUUGUGUGGUUCCUAAUGGUCGCUAUAUGACUAAUAAAAAUUGAUUAGAACAUCAAAUUAAAGGAUUAAGCUUGUAGGAAGAUAAUCGGUCAACUAUUUUUUAAAAAUUUAAACCUCGGAUUCGCCUUUCUUAUUAAUCAAUUGUCCAGAUUCAUUCGAUUAAAUGGUCUAAGUGACCCUUACUUAGAGUUUAACCCAAGUCACCGAUCACCAUAGCGAAGUUCUAAUUAUAGGUAAGAACAUAUUUUUGAACUUAUUGCAUUUGUGAACAAGGAUUACUAGUGAGUCAAUUAUUGAUAAUUUGCAAAUGAAAUAUAACUUAUGAAUUCCUUUCUUCUUUGAAAUUUAUACAACAAAUAUGUUAACUAGUGUCAUAACAAAGUAUAACAAGAUGAAAUAUUUCACUUAUAUUAUAUUAAAAAAAUAUUCUAGAGGAUUUAUAAUUACAAGCACGUCCUACAUAUCAAUCAAAGGAAAGUAGCUACUAUGGUUAGUUAAGUAUCUCCAUCAUCAUAAUUCUCUAAUUGUGAGUCUAUUAUUAUAUCCAAACAAGCCCUUACUAGUACAUGGCUGGACAACAAAAAUAUAAAACCGACAAUAAUAAAGAAUGAUAGAUAGUUGCAACCGGACUCACGAUAAAAGAGACUGUUUUGUCACGAUGUAGGCAGCUCUUGAUUAAAACUUCGAGAAACAAAAUGACACGAAACUGAUAUACGAGGUGAGAAGAGAUAAAUAAAAACUUCUAUUAGAAUGAACCCGACUCUCGAAUGGAAAGACUUUAUCUUUGAAGCAUCUCUUAUGCCCAGUUGAGAAUUUUCCCAAAAGAGUAAGUUCAGACAUUAUAAGUGAGUCAUCAUCUAAUUAUGGGUCGUUUGAUGAGUAUGUUGUAUUGUUAACAUACAUCAUUAUACUAUAGUAUUAUAGAGAAAAUGUGAAGUAGUGAACACACAUAUGAACUAUGAAGGGUAGAUGAAAAGGAUUGACAAUCAUUAAUUGGUUUAGAUAGCCCUUUUUUAUGAAACCUCUAACAAAUACCAGCAAAUGCAAACGUCAAAAUUACAAUUACAAAUGGUGGUAGAGAUCUUUGUUUCAUGCCUCCUCCUCCUCAUUAUCAUCAUCGUUGUUGUUGUUGUUGUUGUUGUGAGAAACCCUAGUUAGUACAAGCAUAUCUUUUAAGAAGACCCUUUCUCCAAAUGGUAAUAAAAAGACAUUUGUUCCUGGGCAUGCGAGAGAUUCUUCAUUUAGAUCUCUCACCAUGGUCAUGGUGAAGAAAAAACAUAAGAUAGGAGUAUCGGAUCGACAUAAAUCGACAAUCAUAAUGACUAGAAUUUACCUUAGCUAUGUCUCAUGCGAUCAGAUCCAUGCUAUCCACAUAUGCUGAGGCUAUUAAUUAUCUGAUCGAUGCAGCAUUUUCACAACCACUGUCGCAACUUAUCAUCAUUUGGCCGGGUAACACAUACGAUUGAUAAGCACAACUAAUUAACUAAUAGCCUAAGUGAUAUUAAGAUAUCUGUACACUAGCAAAGUGAUGGAGAUGGAUGCACGGAAAAAGGAAUACACACUUUCAGAGUUACGUUGCACCCUCUCCAGCCAGCAAACCGAGGAGUAGUGAGAGAGCUAGGAGUAAAAUAGUAGCCAGAGCAGAGAGUACUUUUGACUAGCUAGAGAUACGGCCAAAACAUGAGAAACCCUCCCUGUCUGCAACGUAACAAAAGAAGGGCAACCCUAUAGACGCAGCAGCGAGUGAUAAAUAAUAUCAAGAGUGGAAGAAAAGGAUCGGAAGCUCCUCUCAUCUCCUUUUCUUUCGAUACAGGCCUGCCUGUGGACGACGUACGUUUAGCUGAUUCCUGACGAUCGAUGAUGAUGAAGUUAGCAGAAGGUAGAUAGAUGGAUAGAUUUAUACAUCCAGCACCAGCAGCUGCUACUGCUGCUAUAAAAUCAGACAAAGGCUGACUGCCAAAACAUGCAAAAAGAAAACAGAUCGAUGCGC